AUGCCGCUCUUUGCAGAGGGCACCGGCGUACCUCUUCAGAAUCAUGAUCCCUCAAUAUGCGCUCCAGAAUCCCAGGUCCCAGAUCGUAUUCGAAUCAAGAAUCGACGCAAGCGAUACCUUGAACUUCACCCGGAAUACUUUGGGUCGCACCUCGAGCUGGCAGAUCCGUUAUUAUAUGACCGUCUCGUACGCCGCUUCCAGACCCCGGCCGAGCGCGAGGCGGAAGGUCGCGAGAAAGGGUUCUCCGGCGUCCUUGAAGCAGACCUCUAUCGAAGCGAAGCGAAACUCGACGCGCUGAGACAUCCUGAUCCGAACAGCUUGUUUACCUAUAAGAGAGGUCCUGACGGCGAGAUCCUGGCUGAAGAUACGGACGAAGUGCCUGCGGAUAAAGAGGAGGGACUUGCGAGAUGGAAGUGGGAAAUGGAAAGGAGGUUCGUCCGAGGCGGAGACGACGACUUCGAUUACAGUGCUGUCGACAACAAUCCAGACUAUGACGAUCGAGCGACUGAAGAGCGGGAGGCGCAGGACAGAUAUUUCGACGAGCAGGAACCCGAAUUUGUCGAGGAUCAAGAUGAUGCCGUGAAAAGCAAGAAUGAAGAAUUGCAGGGUGAAACUGGAAUACAGGACUACUGA